UAAAAAGAAGAAGAUAUAAACAUCACAUAAAUGAUAACCUAGAAUUUUGACACUUUUUUGUUUAUUAUAAAUGUUAUAAAUAGUGGAUUGUAUACUCCAGAUGUUUUUAAGAUGAUACACGACUAAACUAAACCAAUAACAAUAAUUUCGACCUAUUUACCAUGUACUUACAUCAAUUAUCAAUAGUACUUAUUGUGAGUACAAUUCAAUAUACUUCCUCAAAUUGUGGGUGUAGUACAAAUAGAAAUGGUCAAUGCAAAGAUGAUUUUGAUCCAAGCCAUAAGUAUCUAAAAGAUUCAAAUGAAAUUAGAGACAAUAAUGAAAAUGAGUUGCUUAAUACGUCCCAUAUGGUGCUACUAGAAAGUACAAUUUUUGAAAUGGGAACCAAUAAACCUGUUUUUGAGGCAGACAGUGAAGGCCCUCUUCGUAAUGUGACUGUUAAUACAUUUUACCUCGAUAAAUAUGAAGUGUCGAACCAACAAUUUUAUGAUUUUGUUAAAAAAACAGGGUAUAAAACAGAGGCUGAAGUUUUUGGAGAUAGUUUUUUAUUUGAAAUGUGCCUUCCUGAAAAAGAACGAAAAAAAUAUGAAGAUAUCAGAGCUGCUCAAGCCCCAUGGUGGAUAAAAAUGAGUGGAGUGUCUUGGAAACAUCCUGAAGGACCAGAUUCUACAAUAGAAGGUAAAAUGAAUCAUCCAGUGAUUCAUGUCUCCUGGAAUGAUGCUGUUAAAUAUUGUGAAUAUUUGGGAAAAAGGUUGCCUACGGAAGCUGAAUGGGAACUGGCCUGUAGAGGGGGAUUGAAACAAAAAUUGUAUCCUUGGGGAAACAAACUACAUCCAAAAGGACAGCAUUGGGCCAACAUUUGGCAAGGAGAGUUUCCUCAUACUAAUACUGCUGAAGAUGGUUUUGUAUUUACCAGCCCCGUGGAUUCGUUUCCUGCAAACAAAUAUGGGCUUUAUAAUAUGGCUGGAAAUGUUUGGGAAUGGACACAGGAUAAUUGGAAAAAUGACCCUGAUACAAAGGUGAAGAAAGGAGGAUCGUAUUUAUGCCAUAAGUCCUAUUGUUGGCGGUACAGAUGUGCCGCCCGUUCAUCUAAUACAAAAGAUAGUUCUGCCUCGAAUUUAGGAUUUCGUUGUGCGGCUGACAAAAUAUAGAUCAAUUAUUACCGUUCGUAUCUACUUAAAAUUGUAUUAAGUGUUUAAAAAAAUCACAAAAUAGUGCAGAAUAGAAGAAAAGACCAGAUUAUAAAUCUUUAAUGGUCUUAUAUUCGGAUUUUACAUAUCGGACAGUUUCGACUAUGUAUACUGAACCAUAUGAACAGGCGAUAGAACACAUACACCACAAGAAGAGGGAGGCGAUAGUACAGAUUAACAAAGGUCUUCAGCAUAUCAUAUGUUGUCGAAUAUUUCUCUAACUAUUGUACAUCUGCCUGAUCAUCUAUCAAGGGUUUCUUGAAUAGGUUUUGGUUUCUUUUACUACCAAUUAAUUUCAUUUAUAGUGGACAGAAUCUUCGUCCUAUUCUACACUAUGUUCAAUAUUCGUAGCGAAGUUUAUAUCUUCUUUAAGUGCCAUCUCCGCAACGAAGGUAGGCAAUCAUCAUAGCUAUUCGGACUUUAGAGACGGCUGCUAUGAAAAGUUCAUUUAUGUACAUCCGUACCAUUUCCUCAAGUUGCGCAGUCAUGAUAUUCUACGUCUCUCUAUGCUUCUCUUUCCUUGAAUAUUUCCCUGCUUAAUCAGUUGGAGCAAAUUGUAUUUCGCUCUACGUGUUCUAUAUCCGAGAUAUUCUGAUGUUCUUGUUUUCAUUGUAUUUAAGAUUUCGAUUUCUUUAUUCAUCUUUCUCAGAACCUCUUUGUAACGUGUUCUCUCCAUUAUAUUAUGAGAAUUCUUCUAUUCACCCACAACUCGAAUGAUUCCAAUUUUUUCAUUGAUGCCGCAUUCAAGGUCCAAGCUUCCAUUCCAUAAAACAAAGGAAGCUUUUAUACAAAUACCGAAUGAAUCAGUGUAGUGAAAAUCCUAAUAAUCCGUAUGACAAUAAAACAAUAUCAAACCUUUAUACGAUAUACAUUUACAAGUGUUGUGACUGAAGUAACAUUCCACUUAUUUGUAAAUAGCGUUAUAGCUACUAGUUGAAGAAAUGACAAGAAAAGUUUAAUCUAUUUUAAAAAUAGAUAAUAAGAAACUUCGAAAAAACGUUAACAGUUUCACAAAAUCGUCGGAUAAACGUUAAAAUAAUUGAAAAAUCGACAGAAAAUAAUAAAUACAACAUUUAGUAACAUUAGGUGACAAGACCGUUUCUUCAAGUGCCGUUUUUUCGUCACUUGAAACUGAUCUUAAAUAACCUGGUUGAGUUUGGUUCUCAAGGCUCAAAAGUGUUCUGAAAUGGCGUACUAUUUACUUUUUUGAGAUCAUUAAAAGGUUUUUUUAAUAAUGCCUAACUAAAAAAUGUGUAAAGUAGAUACGAACUUUGAACAAAAUCAAAACUACUAACUACUGGCAGUAUACUAUUAAGUACUUACAAAAAUCCUGCCAAAGAGUCUUCCAGUUGUUUAUAUAUUUUUUAAAGAUCUUAUUGUAUAAAUAGUAAUAUAAUUAUGUUUAAAGUG